AUGAGGGAGAAGGAUAUUAAGAGGGACAUUAUUAUGAGGGAGAAGUAUAUUAAGAGGGACAUUAUUAUGAGGGAGAAGGAUAUUAAGAGGGACAUUAUUCUGAGGGAGAAGGAUAUUAAGAGGGACAUUAUUGUGAGGGAGAAGUAUAUUAAGAGGGACAUUAUUGUGAAGGAGAAGGAUAUUAAGAGGGACAUUAUUAUGAGGGAGAAGGAUAUUAAGAGGGACAUUAUUCUGAGGGAGAAGUAUAUUAAGAGGGACAUUAUUAUGAGGGAGAAGGAUAUUAAGAGGGACAUUAUUCUGAGGGAGAAGGAUAUUAAGAGGGACAUUAUUAUGAGGGAGAAGUAUAUUAAGAGGGACAUGAGGGAGAAGUAUAUUAAGAGGGACAUGAGGGAGAAGGACAUUCGGAGGGACAUAAUUGUGAGGGAGAAGUAUAUUAAGAGGGACAUGAGGGAGAAGGAUAUUAAGAGGGACAUUAUUAUGAGGGAGAAGUAUAUUAAGAGGGACAUGAGGGAGAAGUAUAUUAAGAGGGACAUUAUUAUGAGGGAGAAGGAUAUUAAGAGGGACAUUAUUAUGAGGGAGAAGGAUAUUAAGAGGGACAUUAUUCUGAGGGAGAAGGAUAUUAAGAGGGAGAUUAUUAUGAGGGAGAAGGAUAUUAAGAGGGACAUAAUUAUGAGGGAGAAGGAUAUUAAGAGGGACAUUACUAUGAGGGAGAAGUAUAUUAAGAGGGACAUGAGGGAGAAGUAUAUUAAGAGGGACAUAAUUAUGAGGGAGAAGGAUAUUAAGAGGGACAUGAGGGAGAAGUAUAUUAGGAGGGACAUAAUUAUGAGGGAGAAGGAUAUUAAGAGGGACAUGAGGGAGAAGUAUAUUAGGAGGGACAUAAUUAUGAGGGAGAAGGAUAUAAGAGGGACAUGA